AUGAAUUCACUUGAACUUAGGAAUCUUGCAGAAGUUCAGUUUUGCUUUCCAUCAGUCAAUAAUUCAUGUCUUAGAAAGGAGAGGCCCAUGCCAAUUGUCUACGCCAUGUACGUCUUCAUAAUCUGUUCUAUAGUGAUGACCAUGCUGGGCAACAUGGCUGUGAUCAUUUCCAUCGCCCACUUCAAGCAGCUUUACUCCCCAACCAACUUCCUCACUCUCUCCAUGGCCACCACUGACUUGCUGGUAAGCUGUGUGGUCAUGCCCUUCAGUAUGGUCAGGUCCAUCGAUUCCUGCUGGUACUUCGGAGAUCUCUUCUGCAAAGUGCACAGCUGCUGUGACAUCAUGCUCUGCACCACGUCUAUUUUUCACCUCUGCUUCAUCUCCAUUGACCGCUACUAUGCUGUUUGUGACCCUCUGCACUAUGUCACCAAAAUCACUAUGGCUGUCAUAGAGUUCUUUCUGCUCAUCAGUUGGAGCGGUCCCAUGUUUUUUGCCUUUGGCCUGGUCUUCUCGGGAUUAAAUGUAGUAGGUACAGAAGAUUUUAUUGCAGCUAUUGACUGUACAGAUUUGUGUGUGUUGAUAUUUAACAAGCUCUGGGGGGUGCUGGCCUCCCUUAUAGCUUUCUUUAUUCCUGGGACAGUCAUGGUGGGGAUUUACAUACACAUUUUCACAGUAGCCAGGAAGCAUGCCAAGCAAAUUGGCACAGGUCCUAGGACAAAACAGGCUGACUCAGAAACCAGAAUGAAGGUGACAUCCAAAACAGAAAGCAAGGCCACCAAGACUCUAAGCAUAGUCAUGGGAGUGUUUGUGGUGUGCUGGCUGCCGUUCUUUGUCUUGACAAUCAUAGACCCUUUCAUUGAUUUUACAACUCCAGAAGAUUUGUCUAAUAUCUCUCUGUGGCUGGCUUAUUCUAAUUCUACUUUCAAUCCCAUUAUUUAUGGCAUGUUUUAUCCUUGGUUUCGCAAAGCACUGAAGAUUAUUGUUACAGGAAAGAUCUUCAGGCCUGAUUCUUCCACCCUAAACUUGUUUCCUGCCCCUCAGUAA